AAAACAAUUUUGAAAAUAUUUCAACAAUUUCUUAACAGGGCUUACAAAUUACAUUGUCAAACCCUAAAUCUCCAUUCAUUCAAUCUCUUCAUAUCAUUAUAUGCCUGAUUCGUGAGAAAGAGCCAGAAUGAAUACUUGAGCUCCGCUUAGGAAGACACAAAAAAGCGCGUGAAAUGGGAUGGAGAACGAAGAUACAGUUCAUUCGCGCCAAAUUUGGUUACAAAUCACAUUGUCAAACCCUAAAUCUCCCUUCAUUCAAUCCUUCAUAUGCCUGAUUCGUGAGAAAGAGCCAGACUGAAUACUUGUUUCAGAGGUGAGGAUACCGGCAAUAAUUUUACUAGCCAUCUAUAUGCCGCAUUGUGUCAAAAAAUGAUCAAUACAUUCAUUGAUGACGAGCUUAAAAGAGGGGAUCAAAUUUCUCCAUCUCUUUUUAAUGCAAUUGAACGGUCAAAGAUUUCCUUGAUCAUUUUCUCAAAAGAGUAUUCUUCUUUGUUAUGGUGCCUUGAAGAACUUGUAAAGAUCCUUGAAUGCAAGAACAGUUAUGGUCAGAUUGUAAUUCCUGUUUUCUAUGGUGUGUACCCGUCAGAUGUAGGGAACCAGAUUGGGACUUUUGGGGAUGCAUUUAUUAAGCUUGAAAAACGUUUCAAGAGUUCGCAAGAAACAUUGCAGAGAUGGAGGACUGCUUUGAGAGAAGCUGCCAAUCUAUCUGGCUUUGAUUCAAAUGUCAUCAGGUCUGAGUCUACACUUGUACAGAAAGUUGUCGACGAUAUUUUGGAGAAAUUGAAUGAGGACUUUCCUUUAAUUGAAAACAAGAACCUAGUUGGAGUAGAUUCUAGAAUCGAGUAUAUUGAACGACUAUUAUGCACUAGUGUUCAGAAGAUAGGAAUUUGGGGUAUUGGUGGAAUAGGUAAGACCACUCUUGCUAAAGCUGUAUUCAAUAAAAUCUCUGGACAUUUUGAAAGCUAUUACUUUGUUGAAAAUAUAAGAGAAGAAUCAGAGAGUAGCAAGGGACUGGCUGAUUUGCACCAACAACUUAUUUUUGCAAUUUUAAAGGAUAAACAUGCCAAUAUAGGAUCCAACUUCACCAAAAGAAGGCUUGCCUGCAAGAAAGUUCUCAUUGUUUUUGACGAUGUGACAAAUUCGAAGCAAAUAGAAUCUUUGAUUGGACAAUUCGAGUUUGGUUCAGGAAGUCGAUUCAUGAUAACGGCAAGGGAUAAACGAGUAUUAGAAAAUUGUGACGUGGAUGGCAUAUAUGAGACUAAAAUAUUAUCUGAUGAUGCAGCUCACCAAUUGUUUAGUCGACAUGCCUUUAGACAAGAGUGUCCACCAGAAGAAUUUAGGAAGCUAGCUCAAAGGGUGUUGUCAUAUGCUAAAGGUGUUCCACUUGCUCUUGAAGUUUUGGGUUCCUCUCUAUAUAAGAGGACAAAGAAAGAAUGGGAAAGCUAUAUAAAAAGAUUAAGCAGAAUUCCUGAUAUGAAUAUCCAAAAGGUAUUAAAAGUAAGUUAUGAUGGGCUAAAUGAUGAAGAGCAGGAGGUAUUUUUGGAUAUUGCUUGUUUCUUUAAAGGGUAUGAUAGAGAUCUUAUAGAAGCAAUCUUGGAUGGCUGUGGCUUCGCCUCACAUUAUGAUAUAAAUGUUCUUAUUGAAAGGUCUCUCAUAACUGCAUCAUCCAACACCAUAACAAUGCAUGAUUUACUUCAAGACAUGGGUAGAGAAAUUAUUCGACAAGAAUCAAUUGAUGAUCCUGGUAGACGCAGUCGGUUGUGGGAUCAUGAGGAUAUCUUGAAAGUAUUGAUAAAAAAUAAGGGGACUGAAGUAAUUCGAAGCAUGCGCUUGGAUAUGUUUAAAGUAUCGGAGUCACAUUUAAAGCUUGAAGAUUUCAAGAACAUGCAAAAUCUAAAAUUCUUGAAAGUUUAUGGCUGCAAGCAUGAUGAGGAGGUGCCUGGUUUGGAAGUCCUUGAAUCUGAUUCUUGUUUGCUGUGCCUUGACAUAUUCAAGCCUUAUUUUGAACGGUUUUUUUGGAAGUUCUUUGAAAAAAAUAGCUCCGAGCAUGAAAAGAAGUUGCAUGGUUUCGAAGUACUUAAAUCUACUUUCCAUGAGCUACGGUACCUUCGGUGGGAUGGAUAUGCUGCCAACUUAUUGCCACCAAAAUUUAAUCCAAGGAACCUUGUUGUACUUGACAUGCCUUGUAGCAAACUUAAACAACUCUGGAAUGAUGACCUGGAACAUAAUCUUGUUAAUUUGAAACAUAUUGACCUCCGUUACUCCCAGCAUCUACGCAGAAUGCCAAAUCUCUCACUUUUCCCAAAUCUUGAGAGCUUGAUUCUUAAAGGUUGUAGAAAUAUGUGUAACAUUUUCUCUUCUACCCACAAUCUUGAUAAGCUUGUUGUCUUGAAUCUACGAGGAUGCAAAAACAUGGACAUGCUUUCAAUCAGCCCGCAGUGUAGAACUCUUCGGAAAGUUAUUCUCUCUGAUUGCUCAAAUUUGAAAACAAUUUCAUAUAUCCCUUGUGCAGUAGAAGAGUUGGACUUAGAUGGAGCUGCAAUUGAAGAAUUGCCAUCACUAGAGCAUCUAUCUAGACUAGAAAAAUUGAUUCUUUGGAACUGUUCGGAGCUUAAGAAUCUCCCUGAGAGUAUUCGCGGGUGUAAAUCUCUUAAAUAUCUUUAUCUUUCACAUAGUUCAAAACUUGACAGUUUGCCUGAAGGCCUGGGAAAUUUAACAGCACUGAAGACACUUUUACUCUUUGGAAUUUCUCUAAGAGAAGUACCGCCGUCUAUAGCUUGUUUGAACAACCUUGAGACAUUCGUUUUUGUGAGAUGUACGAUUGAGAACCCACUGAGUUUGCUACCGCAUGAUUCAUCUUUCUUGAACAAACUGACGUUCCUAGAUCUGUCUGACUCUUGUAUCAAAGAGUUACCCAGCAAUCUUGGCCAGUUACGCUCUCUGGAACAUUUAGAAAUAAGAGGAAACAAUUUUGAGAGUCUUCCAGGGACUAUUAAAGAUCUCCCUAACUUGCUAAGGUUUAAUUUAUCCAAUUGCCAGAGACUUAAAUCCUUACCGGAGCUUCCACACCAGUUAGCAUUUCUAGAAGCAAGUGGCUGCAUUUCACUUGAAGAAUUAUCAAGUGUACCAACUCGUGGCAAAGAUGAGUGGGGUAGGGUGAAUAUUAACUUCAACAAUUGUUGCAAACUGAAAUUACAUGCAAAGGCUCUACUCAAUAUUCAGAGUGAUGCAGUUCUAUGGUUUCACAAUAAGGAAAAAGAAUCCAACAUGUUAGAGGAACAGGAUAUCGAUAGCUUUAUAAGUGGUAAUCGCUUUAUACGUGGUACCAUAUUUUACCCUGGAAGCGAAAUUUCAGAUUGGUUUGACUUUAUAAGUAGUGAAAAUUCUAUAAAGCUUCCAAUGGAUCACCUCAAUGAUAACGUAAUCGGUUUCGCUUUGUGCGUUGUUUUAUCAUCUCCAUGCAAGAGUCAGGCUUUGAAAGACUGUUAUCUCAGUGCUAGAUUUGAUCUGUUUGUUGACGAGAAGCUCGUUUUCCAUGCCCCACUCUGUAAUGGAGAUAAAGACCAGUCUGUUUCAAAAUCAGAUCUAGAUUAUGUAAUCAUAGGAUUCCAGUACAUAAUUUUGUCUGAAUUGCAUCCACUCAGUUCGAAUAGCAAGGGCUUCUUUAAGUUCUCAGUUGAUGAUAGAUCUCUUCCGUACAAGUUGAAAGAGUGUGGAGUCAAAUUGUUGUACGUCAAAGAUAAUGAUUUGAGAACAGAUGCAAGAGUUGACAGAGACCAGAGAUUGAAAUCUAUAAAUGGCUCUGAUGAUGACUCUAUAUAAAAAGGCUACAAUAAGUGGACUCAAACAUUGAAUUCAAUUUUAUUUA